AUGGACACUAAACCGAGCAGUAAAGUGAAUGAUGGCAUCGACGCUCCGUUGUGGAUGUUUUGGAAGCGGCGCCGCUACAUUGUGGUGUUUAUGGCUUUCCUCGGCUUCUUCAACGUCUACUCGCUGCGGGUGAACCUGAGCGUGGCCAUCGUGGCCAUGACGGAGAAUCGGACCGUCCACUACGACAACGGUACCGUCGGCUACGAGCAAUACUUUGAUUGGAGCUCGAGCCUGCAGGGGUACGUGCUGAGUUCGUUCUUCUACGGCUACAUACUGACGCCCUUCUUGGGUGGCUUCAUCUCGAACCGUUUCGGAGGCAAUUAUGUGUUUGGCGUUGGGAUUGGUACAACCGCCGUGUUGACUCUGUUAACUCCGCUGGCGGCCAAAGCGGGUGUGGCGGUCCUGCUGGCCGUGCGCAUUGUGGAGGGCAUCUUCGAGGGUGUCACCUUUCCGUGCAUCCACGCUGUUUGGUCCCGGUGGGCUCCGCCGAGCGAGCGUUCCCGCAUGGCGUCGAUCGCCUUCGCCGGAAACUACGCCGGUACGGUUGUGGCCAUGCCGCUGAGCGGUAUUCUGGCGAACGCCUGGGGCUGGGAGAGCGUCUUCUACGUGUUUGGCGUGAUCGGUUGCUUGUGGUUCUGCGCGUGGAUGUUCUUCGUGAAGACGUCACCCGAGGUGGACAAGUGGAUCAGUCAGCGGGAGAAGGAGUUCAUCCUGGAGUCGCUCGGGCGCACCGAGGGCGAGCAGGACAAGGUGCGCCACCCGUGGAAGGGUAUCCUGACAUCGGUGGCCGUGUGGGCGCUGGUCGUGUCGCACUUCUCCGAGAACUGGGGCUUCUAUACGCUGCUCACUCAGUUGCCAACGUUUUUGAAAGAUGCGAUGCACUUCGAGCUGGAAAAGACAGGCUUUGUGUCGGCCGUGCCGUAUCUGGUGAUGGGCAUCUUGCUGUUCGUGUCCGGCUAUCUGGCCGAUUGGUGCCAGCUGAAGGGCUACCUGACGACGACCCAGGUCCGCCGGUACUUCAACUGUGGUGCCUUCCUCGCCCAGACGGUGUUCAUGAUCGUCGGUGCGUUCAUCCUUGAGCCGGGGCCAACUAUAACCUGCAUUACGAUCGCCGUCGGACUGGGUGCGUUCGCGUGGUCCGGCUUCGCCGUCAACCACCUGGACCUCUCGCCGAAGAGUGCCGGCGUGCUGAUGGGCAUUUCGAACACGUUCGCCACCAUCCCGGGCAUCGUGAGCCCCAUCAUCACCGGGUACAUAACGUCGAACAAGAGCGACGACGAGUGGAAGACCGUGUUCUACAUCGCGGCCGGCAUCUACCUCGUCGGGUGCGUCAUCUACUGGUUCGGUGCGUCCGGCGAGCUGCAGCCGUGGUCGAUCGAGGCCCAGGAGCGACGGGAGCUGGAGAAACAGCCGGCGAAACCGAUCGAAAGCCUCGGGUACUCGAACAAGGUGAGCGUGGAGGACGAAAUGUGAGACCGUCCAGGUAGGCUGUAAGCAAUGUGUUUUUAAUGUUCUCGGUGUAACACGAUGGACGUCGUUAGGUAUGGGUCUCAAAGACCGUUUUGAUGUUGUGAUUCGACAGUAUUCUCCAUAACCGAUGUUAUUCAAAAUGGCAAAGCAUUGAAUGUAAUAAUUUCCCACAUCUAAAAUAAACUUGCGAUCAAAUGAUCCUCGUUGAAUGCAAUGCUGGUUGCAUAGGCGCAGGCUGACGGAGCGCCGUUUGCCGGAUUCAAAUAAAACUCGUUACGAACAUGGUUCAUUCCACCGAAGGGGCAGCAGUUAUUAAACAAUAUCAUGCUCACGCAGGGUUAAUUUGCAUGUGCUACACUGUUUUAUCCUAGUGAGAAAAGAUUUCAUUUUACUUAUCUUAGCUUCGUUUUGUAACAAAGCGCAAAACCAUUUGAGGAAAUGUCAGAAAUAAAAAUUAAUUCAACUCGUUGUUUUG